AUCGAUCAUUUCAAAUUGAAAAUGGAACCACAUGGUAUGAUUGUUGUCGAAGCCAUUUGGUCCGUGUGCAGUUUGACAGACGAAGCUUCCAUGGACUCUUCAAAUACGGAAGUUGUCUCUUCACUCUUUUCCCACAGUUGUUGAUUUGUUUCAUAUCAUGAGCAAAGGCGGUAUACUUGCUUUUAUUUUUCUAUGUCAUAUUACUAUGCUGAUAUCCGCACAAAGCAAUUGUGUUACUCCAGUGAAGGAUAUCAUAGAUAUUGCAAGAACGGCGGAACAACUAGCGGUUACUUUCUACAGUAAUGGAUAUAAGAAUGCUGCCCAACUUGGCCUAGUGGGUGCCAAUCUUGCUUAUAUUGCUGCAGCAUUGGAAGAAGAACAACUCCAUGAGUCUUAUUGGGCAAGUUUAGGUGGAGUGUCGAUGGCAAGUACAUUUAGCUUUCCCAAUGGCUCAAAGACAUUCCAUGACUUGACCACUUUCAUUGAAACUCAACAGCAAAUCGAAGGAUAUUUCGACUCGGCAUACUUGGCUGCUGUGAAGGAAUUAUCCAUUCAAAAUCAAUCGGAUGCUGCUCAAGUAGCAGCUCAAGUAGCCAUAGUAGAAGGAGAACACAGAGUUUUAGGCAGAGUCAUUGGAAACCUCAUUCCGGCAGACGAUAGAGCAUUCUCUCCAGUCUUAGUCAGCUCGGUGUCUAAUGCUGUGACGGUCAUUAAGAAUGCGGGAUAUCUCAGUCCUACAAUCGGCAAUUCUUAUUCUUAUACUAAGAGUAACGUGUCAGAAUCGGGUGUGAAAUAUGUCUCACCGACUGCCCUACCUUGUCCUACUUCUCUUUGAAGAAUAUGAUUUCGAAUUAUUGGCUUUGAAACCAGAAUAAAAUGUUGUGUAUGAUU